GAUUUAAACUGCUGGCAACUCUAGCCGAUUCCGCCGCAAAAAAAAAACAUAAUUUUAAUUAUAAUUAAGCCGCACAGGACUAAAGCACCUUGUGAUCGCAUUGGGUACUUGGACGUCAAGUAGGACUACAUUGCACUUACAAUGAGUGUGACGAUAACGGAGAUUGCUGACAAGGCGGCGACGGUGACGCCAGCAGUGAAUUUCUUUGCCUUGCAGACGGCUUUCGAAAAGGCCUUAGAACAGGCCAUUAAGGAAAACGACGUAAAGAUCCUAGUCGAGACGUACAACAACUUCAAUGGCAACUCGGAGCACGACAAACGCUCGCCCAUGGACCAGGCGUUCAGGGAACAGCUGAUGAAAAACCUCAAUGAAGAUGUGGAGAAAAUUGGGGCAUUGGUGAAACUCUCAGUGGAUGCCACACGAGCCGAGCUUGUGUCCAGCACUAUUCCCGUGGUGCUAUUGGGCGACACUUUUGAUGUGGUCACUUUGGACAAAUGCCAGGAACUCUUUCAGUUUGUCGAACAAAUGGUCGAGGUGUGGAAGGAGGAUAUACUGUUUGGCUCGUGCAAGAACAACAUCCUACGCAUGUGUAACGAUUUGCUGCGUCGUCUAUCGCGUACCCAGAACACCGUCUUCUGUGGCCGCAUUUUGCUCUUUCUCUCAAAAUUUUUCCCCUUCUCGGAGAGAUCGGGAUUGAAUAUUGUGUCAGAGUUCAAUUUAGAUAACUUCACCGAAUACGGCCUAGAUGGCAAAGAUAACGAAGAUGAUAGCAAGGAGUUGGAAGACAUUGCCGAGGAUAUUCCCUUGAAAAUUGACUAUGAUUUGUACUGUAAGUUUUGGUCUCUGCAGGAUUUCUUUCGUAAUCCGAAUCAGUGCUAUAGUAAAGCCCAGUGGAAGAUGUUCCAGAUGCAUGCAGAGACCAUUUUACAGUCCUUUGUCAGCUUUAAGUUAGAGGACAUACGUCCAGGCAACGACAGCGGCGAUGGUCCUCAACCCAUGGAGGUAGAUGAAGCUGCUGUGGAUGCCGCUGCUGCCUCAACUGUCAAUAGAGCAAAUAAUUUCUUUGCCAAAUUCCUUACCAAUCCCAAAUUGCUAGCUCUUCAGCUAUCCGAUUCAAAUUUUCGACGUGCAGUUCUAGUUCAAUUUCUGAUACUCUUUCAAUAUCUUCAAGUAAGCGUCAAGUUCAAGAUGGAAUCGUAUAUUUUGAACCCAGCCCAGGCGGAUUUUAUCAAGGAAACCGAACCACGUGUAUUCAAAUUGCUAGAGGAGACGCCGCCAUAUGGUCGUCGAUUUGCACGGACAGUGCAGCAUAUGUUGGUACGCGAGGAGAUGUGGAACAAUUGGAAGAACGAGGGCUGCAAGGAGUUCAAAAAGCCAGAAAACCCUCCGGUCAUCGAAGAGGAUAUAAAACCACCGCCGGCAAAGCGCCCAAAACGUGCUUUGGGGGAUGCGCUACGCGAUGCCACACGGAAUGGCAAAUUCUUUUUGGGCAAUGAAAAUCUUACACGGUUGUGGAACUAUUCGCCGGACAAUUUGCAAGCGUGUAAAAGCGAGCAGCGUAAUUUCUUGCCCCAACUGGAGACCUAUUUGGAGACGCCUCAUGGCAAGGUUGACCCACCAUUCGAAUGGCGUGCCCUGCGUUUGCUAGCUCGUCAGACACCCCACUUCUUUACAUCCGUUUCACAGCCUUCGAGCAAGAUUUCGGAUUACUUGGAACAGGUGCGCAAGCGUCUGAAUCGUGAUAAGGAGCCAAAGCCAACUCUGACGGGGGCCACUAAUGCAUUGGGCGGCAAUACUGCCGUAGUGGCCACCACACCGCCAGCCGAGAUUGAACAAGAGACUGUCGCCUUGCAAGAUCCGGAACCAGAACAAGAUCUCGAUGAGGUGGAAGAGGUCGAACCUGCUGUGCCUGAGGAAGCAGAAGAGGCACCCAAGCACGAAAAACCGAUAAUGGUGACAAAAGCACACAUUGAUGAGAUCACGCCACUGAUUGGCGAACUCUGGAUGAAGCUGGGCAAGAAAAUUGGCUUCACCAACGACGAGUUGCUUUACUUUCAAAUGGAGUACACUUCACCCGAUGGAUCCUGCAUUCAGAUGCUUACCAAUUGGAUCUCGGAGGACGACGAUGCCACACUGGACAAUUGGGCAUAUAUGUUGGAGGGUCUGGAAAUGAACACAGCUGCCGAUGCUGUCAAGGCAAUCAAUGAACGCGAGAGAGCGGCACAGGCUGCAGAUGCUGCCGCUAUGAAUGAUGUGGAAGUGUUAUCCGACUAGAAAUCCCGAUGCUCCCCACCCAUCCCCCGAAGUUCAAUUAAGCUAAGCGAUUAGAUGUAUUAAAUUCCUUUAUCACAAGUAAAAAAUAGAAAGAGGGAACAACUCGACCUCUUUCAUUGUCAAAGCCAAA